AUGUGCUGCCCACAUCGCGCACCCCCCAGCCGCUUCCCAGCAACUUCCCUGCGCCCGGCUUCGCCUCCGCGCUUCCACUCCGCGCUCGCUAAGCCGCCUCCCGGCGCGCAGGGGCCGUGCUGGCGGGGAACACGCGCCGCUUCACGCUGUCUUGCAGGACCCGCUCACUGGCACGAGCACUUCCCCAAUGCCAACGGAGAGCGCCAGUCCCCCGUUGCCAUCAGCACCAAGAGCGCCAAGUACGACCCCACUCUGAAGCCCCUCAGCUUCAGCUACAAUGCCAGCACGGCCAGAAACAUCGUCAACAACGGGCACUCCUUCAACGUGGAGUUUGAUGAUUCUUCUGACAAGUCGGUGCUGCAAGGAGGAGCGCUGGAUGGAGUCUACAGGCUGGUACAGCUUCACAUUCACUGGGGAUCCUGUGAGGGCCAAGGGUCUGAGCACACCGUGGAUGGUGUGAAGUAUGAUGCAGAGCUCCAUAUUGUUCACUGGAAUGUAAAAUAUGGUACAUUUGCUGAAGCUGUGAAGCAUCCUGAUGGCUUGACUGUGGUAGGCGUCUUCAUCAAGGUAGGAAAUGCCAAGCCUGAAAUACAGAAAAUUGUGGAUGCUCUGGGCUGCAUUAAAACCAAGUGAAAGCAAGCUUCCUUCACAAACUUUGACCCCACUGGACUGCUUCCUGGGUGCAGAGACUAUUGGACGUACCUCGGCUCACUGACCACCCCUCCGCUGCUCGAAUGUGUGAUCUGGCACGUUCUGAAGGAGCCCAUCACUAUCAGCCCUGAGCAGAUGUGCAAGCUCCGUGGCCUUUGCUUCAACGCUGAGAACGAGCCCAUGUGCCAUAUGGUGGACAACUGGCGCCCAUGUCAGCCUUUGAAGGGCAGAGAAAUCAGAGCUUCCUUCAAGUAACCUCAGCACGGAGUGUGUUAGAAGUUGCUGUGUUUGUGAGGAGGCCCUUUUGCUAAGCACAAAUCAAACCUUUGCCGUGUGUGCCCUGGCAACAUCUCGUCUCCCAGAUCCAUUCUUUCUUUCGCUCUGCAUCUAAAAUGCCAGCUAAUGAAACGUGAAAGGCUCUUGGCCAUAUAGGAAAGGGUUCUUAAGGUGUGGGGUUGGGGGAGGCAUGGGGGGCGGUGGCUGUGUGCAUUUUGGUGACUAUUACUGUGACUGACGCUUUGGUGUAACAGUAUGUUGGCUACUUGGGAGAGGAUAUGGUAAUAGCAAAAUAAGCCAUUCGAAGAAACCUCAUCCACUGGUGUGAUAGUACACAUAACAAAUGAUAACUUGAAGCUUUGUGAAAAGCACAGGAAUACAGAAUGAUUUAGGAAAAAAAAGUAUUUUGAGAAAGUAAUGCAAAAUGAAUAUUGAGAAUUAGACUUCUUAGAUUUUAAGAAACUGACAUGUAAAUAUUUUUGAGACCAUUUACAUUUUUACCCAUGUCAUCAACAACCUUGAAUAUGUCUUAAUGGUAGUACUGGAUUUUUUAAUUAAAAUUGUCCUAAAUUAAGUAUUAUCUUUAAAGGUUGUUAUUACCAUAGAAAUAAUACAAAAUAUCUUUUCAUUGAAGUAAUAUAUGCUCUAAUUUAAAGAGGAAAACGAUAUUGUAUUUUAGAUAACUUCUCUAAUAAAUCUAUACUU